AUGACGGAGCGUCUCGUCAAGGACGAUUUGCGUAUCGAGGCGAUCCUUGGCUCGUACAAGUUUUCGUCGCAAGUCGUGCGCCUCCUCCUCGGGGACGAGCACAAGGAGCUCGACGACUGCUUUGCGUUCAUCGAGGAGUCGGUGCAGACGAAGAAGGCGAUGACGGGGCUCAACUUUUCCAACUUGUAUCAGUGCCGGUCGGCGUGCGCCGACCUGAUGAAGUCGAUCCUCGAGGUGCCCAAGUCGACGAACGAGGCGAGCAUCAAGUUUCAGCGGUCGCUCUACCACGUGAUUGACAACGUCGAGGCCGUCAUCAACUGCCUCAAGAAGGUGCUCUCCAAGCAGGAGAACCUCGUCAAGAUCCUCAACGACACGCCGCUAAAACCCAACUCGUUCUUCUUCCCCGGCGACGCCCAGCACUACGCCAGCGUCCAGCUGCAGAAGAUUGUCAACGACCAGACGGCCAUGGACAUCAUCUCGCGCGCGUACCAGCUGCUGACAGUCGACAACUUUGACGCCGAGCCGCGAUCAGAGGAAGGCCAGCGCCGUCUGCGUUUUUUUGCCAACUCGCUCUUCAUGGAGAUGCCCGAGGCCAAGCCGCUGCGCCAGAUGCACUCGCUCACGAUCUCGACGCCGUACUUCAACGAAAUCGUGCUCUACUCGAUCAAGGACCUCACGACGCAGAACGACGACUGCAUCAAGCUGCUCUACUACCUGCAGACGAUCAACCCGUUCGAGUGGGAGAACUUUCUCGAGCGCAUCAACUGCAAGGACAUGCACGAGGCGCUCAAGAAGUUUCCCGAAGAAGUCCAGCUCUGGGCCUCGUACCGCGGUCAGACGCUUGCCCGCACCGUGCGCGGCAUGAUGUACAAUGAAGACGCGAUUCGGUUCCUCCACUGGCUCGAGAUUGGCGAGAACGAACCGAUGCACUUGGCCGGCUGCGAGUGCAACCGCUGCAUCCGCCUCGAGCAUAUGGUCGCGCUCAAGUUCAACUACAUUUGCGCGUGCCAGAUUUACGGUCGGCAGAAGGACGAGCAGCGCCAGCAAGCCACCGACAUUGAUUUCCUCAUGAUGAAGCACCCGGGUCUGCGCGUCGCGUACGUCGAUGGCCCGAAGAAGGUCAAGGACGGCCCGCCCAAGUACUUUUCUGUGCUCAUCCGCGCCCAAGGCGACAAGAUCACGGAAGUCUACCGCAUCGAGCUGCCCGGCGACCCGAUCAUUGGCGAAGGCAAGCCCGAGAACCAGAACCAGGCGGUGGUCUUCACGCGUGGCGAGAUGCUCCAGUGUAUCGAUAUGAACCAAGACGGGUACCUGGAAGAGUGCCUCAAGAUGCCCAACCUCCUCGCGACCGUCGAUCGCAAGGAGCACGCCAAGACGCCGCUGACGAUCAUUGGCUUCCGCGAAUACGUCUUUACGGGUGGCGUCUCGAACCUCGCGUCGUUCAUGCAGAUCCAAGAGCUUUCGUUCGUCUCGCUCGGUCAGCGCAUGCUCGCGCUCUUCCACGUCCGCCAGCACUACGGCCACCCCGAUAUCUUCGACAAGAUGUUUGCGAUGACGACCGGUGGCACGGCCAAGGCCUCCAAGGGCGUCAACUUGUCGGAAGAUAUUUUUGCCGGUUUCAACACGACGCUCCGCGGCGGCCGCGUCUCGCACGAGGAGUUCAUCCAAGUCGGCAAGGGUCGUGAUGUCGGUAUGCAGCAGCUCGCGCUCUUCGAGGCCAAGCUCUCGUCGGGCGCUGGCGAGUGCGUCAUCUCGCGUGACGCGAUGCGCAUGGGCUCCCGCCUCGACUUUUGGCGCCUCCAGUCGUGGUUUUACGGUAACCUCGGCUGGUACUUCACGCAGACGAUGACGGUCUUUGGCGUCUAUUUCUUCAUCUACGGCAAGAUCUACUUUGCGUUCUCGGGCCUCGACGCGUUCUACCUCCGCACUGGUGGUCUCGGUAUCUCGGGCGCGCUUAACACGUCGUGGGCGCUGCAGUUUGGUUUCCUCCUCGUCGUGCCCGUCAUUGCCGUCGUCGGUGUCGAGCGCGGCUUCCGUCACGGCUUCAGCUACCUCCUUUGGAACGUGCUGACGCUCGGUCCGCUCUUCUUCACGUUCCAAAUGGGCAACCGUAUGCACUACUUUGA